UCUGUCAUAGCUCAUCUCUCUUCGCCCUACUUAUAUAUAAACAACACCCUCCAUCCAUUCUCUCACACAAACCCAUUUGAUCUUCUAAGCAAAACUUCUUCUCCAAAUCCCCCAAAGAAGCCAUUUAUAGCAAUCAACAAGAAAACCCAAAAAUCUUGAAAAAACCAAACACAUGGCUUCUUCAAUGAGAUUGUCAUUGAUUCUCUUCUUUGCUUGUUCUCUCUUCCUCCAAGGAUCUCUAGGUGAGAUUAUAUGCGAGGAUUUGCCAACGGAUGUCUGUGCAUUUUCUAUUGCAUCGUCUGGAAAGAGGUGUUUGUUGGAGAAUUAUGCAACGAAAGACGGCAAGGUGGCGUACCAGUGCCGGACAUCGGAGGUGGUUGUAGGGGGGAUGGCUGAAUACAUUGAGACUGAUGAAUGUGUUAGUGCAUGUGGGGUUGAUAGGAACACUGUUGGAAUAUCAUCUGAUGCCUUGCUUGAGCCACAAUUCACUGCCAAGCUUUGCUCCGCCGCUUGUUACCAGAACUGCCCCAACAUUGUCCACCUUUACUUCAAUUUGGCCGCCGGAGAGGGAGUAUUUUUGCCAGAUCUAUGUGAGAAACAGAGGACCAACCCUCACCGAGCCAUGAUCGAGCUCGUGAGCAGUGGUGCUGCCCCUGGUCCUGUUUCCAGUGAACCUGCAGAUAUCACUGCUGCUGCCCAGCCUGCCACUGCCCCUUCUUCUUUCUAAUCAAGUUUUGUAUCAUCCGCAGAAGAAUAAUUUUCCUUCUAAUCAAGUUUUGUAUCAUCCACAGAAGAAUAAUUUUCACUAUACUAUUGUAAAGCUUAUGGGGAAUUAUUAGCAAAAUGAGAGAGAGAGAGAGAGAGAGAGAGAGAGAGAGAGAGAGAG